AUGGAUAAAAUACAGCUAAAGAAACAGAUUACGACACUUCGUUCAUUGGUUAAAUCAACUCGUACCAUCUUCAUACAAAAACAUGUACGUGAUCAUAAGUUCUGGUCUUCCAAAGUAACUGCUAAUAGCGAAAAUCAACGAGCUCAAAAGAAAGCCGAAUCAGCGGGCGCCGUUCUCCAGUACAUUCGUUCUCUUGGCACGGCUGAUUUGGUGGAAGAAGUGUUAAAAUAUCAGCCGCCAAAAAAUGGUCAAUCUUUGGAUUCUGGGUCGGUUCCCAGGCGUACUAUUUCACGAUUCUGCGCCAAUGAAAAACUUGGUCGACACCUAAGCGUGGUUGUAAGCAAAUUUAUUGAAGAUAAUUCCAAAGUUCUCAAAUCGAAAGUGAUAAUGAAGAAAGCUAACAAUUAUAAACCUCCCGAGGAAGAGGAGGAGGACGAAGGUUGCGAACUGAUUACCGACAGCUUUUUCAUAACGAACACGGGCAAACAUUACGUCGCCGUUGCACCUAAGCGUAAGGCAAAUGCCAACAACGAGGAGGAUGGAGAGGAGGAGAUCGAAGAAAGCUGGAAGUUGGCUAACAGAAGGAAAAGAAGGAGCCAGCAAUGGAAUUCCGGCGAAGACGAAAACGUUGAAGAUUUGAAUUCGAAGAUGGCGAAGCAACCGACCGGAUGGGAAAAGAGUUCUUGGAAUGAAAAGAAGCACAGCUCACAAACAGAAGCAAUGGAAGAUCUUCAUCCAUCGUGGGCUGCAAAGCAGGCUCAGAAAGGUAUCAAACCAUUCGCUGGGAAGAAGGUUAUCUUUGGAAACGAAGAUGAUUAUGGCGACCAAAGUGUAGAUUCAGUUCAUUCAAAGAACGAUCUGCACCCAUCAUGGGCCGCGAAGCAAGCUCAGAAAGGUAUUAAACCUUUCAUUGGAAAGAAGAUUGUUUUCAACGGUGCAAACAAUAGCGAACAAGAAGCAACUAGUGCUGAUAACACGAAAAGCAACCUUCACCCAUCUUGGGCCGCGAAGCAGGCUCAACAGGGCAUUAAACCCUUCGCAGGUAAAAAAGUUGUAUUUGACAAUGAAGUCGGUAACGAAGCAAAUUCGAUGGGGGAUCUCCAUCCAUCUUGGGCCGCGAAACAAGCUCAGAAAGGCAUUAAGCCUUUUGCGGGAAAGAAGGUCGUCUUCAACGACGAAGAUGACAGCUUGCGAGAUCCCACUACAGAUAAACGAUACAUACAUCCUUCGUGGGCUGCCAAACAGGCACAGAAAGGCAUCAAACCGUUCGCUGGUAAAAAGGUCAUUUUCAACGAAGAAAACGGCAGCGUACGAGAUUCUACUACUGAUGAACCUUCAAAAUGCGAUAUACAUCCUUCGUGGGCUGCCAAACUGUCACAGAAAGGUAUUAAACCCUUCGCUGGCAAGAAGGUAGUUUUUGACAAUGAAGAUAGUAGUGAACGUGUGGCGGUAAAUCCUGCAAAAUCAAAGAGUGACCUUCAUCCUUCAUGGGCUGCAAAGCAAGCACAACAAGGAAUCAAACCUUUUGCUGGGAAGAAGGUGGUAUUUGACGCCACGGAUAAAACGGAAUGUGUUUCGACGGUAGCAAGAAAAGAAGCCAUAGAAUAUGAUUCGAAGAACGACGUUCAUCCUUCGUGGGCGGCGAAACAGGCACAGAAAGGAAUCAAACAAUUCGCUGGUAAAAAGGUGAUAUUCGACACAGACAAUAAUGACAACCAACACACCAGUAACUACACUAAGAAGCCACCUGUAGUAACUGACGAUUUUGUUAAAAAGCCACAUCCGGCUCCCAGUGAUUUGCAUCCGUCCUGGGCGGCGAAACAGGCACAGAAUGGUAUAAAACCAUUCGCGGGUACGAAGAUAAGUUUCGACGACUAA